AUUAUAUUGCACUAGGACUUGGCACACCUUGCCAAAGUACUGUACGAGUAGAGAGAGUCUUCAUUUUUUUUAAUAGGACUGAAAUAAGUGUCAUUGGGAGUGUACUUAGGUAUUAAUAAAAAGAAUUCAAAUUGGGAUAAUAUAUAAAAAUGGGCAGUAAAUUCACUGGAGGAAUAUCAAGGAGACGGGAUGAGAUGUACGGAAACACAAAGUUUGAUCGUCUAAAACACAUGAAGAACUCCCUGACGACUGAUCAUAUAUCGAUGUUGCAAAAGGAAGGACGAAAAGUCAGUCUACCGCCAUGGGAAAGUACAACGAAAACGACUUAUAUAGGUCGUCAACCAGUAACCGGAGUGUCCGUCGACACAGCGUUCCAGAAAGAACGACAGAGAGCUAGUCAUUUUACAAUGCGAGCCGAUGGAUCAAACAUUGAAGACGUAAUCUACAAAUCAUCUACUGCUAUGAAUGAUUAUAAUAAGAAGAAUACAGAUGUGGUAUCUUAUACACAUCUAUCCUGCAGCAGAAACGAAGUGUUCUCCGAAAAUAACACAGACAAUAGCCCAUCAACAGUGGAGAUUAGCUACAAGAGACGAGAAGCAGUGUGCUCAACGCUUAAGCAGCUAUUCUUGCAGUAUGAUAUAACCAAGAAUGGUUACGUAAGCAAGGAGGCGUUAAAGAGGGCUUGCAAUUGUCUCCUGGAGCCAAUACCAGAAAUUGAACUUGAUGAAAUAUUGAAGGUCACUAAACGUGGUAUGGCGGGCACUGUGGACUACAACCACUUUAUACAGCAAUACAUGAGUAACGGUGAAUCCCGACACGAACCCGAAACAUUGAAGGCCGCACAAAGAUCUGAGGAGAACGUAAACUUUGAUGAUAUUCCUGGACUGGAGGCUAAAGAAGAAGCUGAAACAGCUUCCUGGCCACCAAAGACUACGGCGGGGAAUCCCCUGUUGAUUACGUCGGAACUUGGAAAGAACUAUCAAACGACAGCUCAUUUUAAGUUUGGCAAUGACGGAGAGAAUCCGGCUUCUGUUUACCAGAAAGAUUACGAUAUGAAAGGUCACCUAGCAACCGAUAAGCCAGUCCAUGUGAAACCACCUGUAUCAUCCGAGGUUAUGCAUAAGAGCGCCGAUUCUGAAUUUGGAAAAAGCACGAAACAAAUGGACUUUACUAAAUUAAACAUGAUAAAGGAUCAAAAAACGUUUGUCGUCCCUGAAACGUUGGCUAACAAGAACAAAUUACGUCAUUCUAAAAACAGCGUUGUUCUGACAUGUGACGAGCAAAGAAACGCAGAGGAUAGACAAGCAUCAAUUGCUAGGUCUAGUUUUAUUAAGUACGAGAAUAUGACAACGCAAGCGCCGUGUACGGCAGAACGGCCAAAAUACCGCUACCUAGAUACAGAAGCCGCAUUGCCAUAUAUGGGUAACACCCCCUCUAAAUCUGAGGCCAAGGAGGCAUUUAGCAACCUAACAUCUCCAGGUGAGGUUCUCGCAAAGCUGGCCCAGGUAAAAAAGGAAAACAAAACAAGAGUAAACGAGCAGAAGAAAGUCCAUUUCAAGUUUGGGUCAGAAGAACCGUCCAAAGUAACAGAAGCGCAAGAUGAAUACAUGCAAUGUCGCGCCGUGGGAGAUGAAGUGCCUAGCGCUGGCAAGAAAAAUAUGCACGAUCCCAGGUUUAACCAUAUCGCAGCAAGCAAAAACACACAAGACUUGAAGAAAAACCCGAUGUCGUUGAAUUCGUUUGAUACACUGAGGAUGAAUAAGAAAGGAUAUUUCAGUGGGCAAUCAACUCCUGGUAAUCCCUUACAUCUAAGUCUGCACCGUGUGUUUUCAAAACUCGACCCGGAUUCAACUGGUAAGGUUACUAAAGAACAGAUGAAAGAGGUUUGCGGCAACAAGAUCAACAUCAGCCAUAAUGCUAUGGAGGCACUAUUGAGAAAAUGUGAUCGUUAUGAAGAUGGCAAUAUAAACUACCACACAUUUUUGAACAACCUGACAGAGCAGCAGAUACCAGAGGGUAUAUCGACGGCACAUACAGGCUCUACGAUGUCGAAUGAUUACAGACCGUUGCAACAGAGAAGUUUUACUGAAGCCCAAGUAAGGACAAUCGAGCAUAUGAACCGAAAACCAAUCCUUCCACAACCGUCACACUUGUUUCAUAUGGACGAAAAUAGAGGCAACAAUUUUAUGUCGACAAUGAACCAAGAUUUUAUUCAACCCGUGAUUCAACCAAGAACUUGGAUACCCAGUGACGCAUGUUGAAAACAAUCGUUAUAUUACACCUCUGGUAUUGGGGUGGCUAACAAUUGUCACAUUACACGUCCGGUGAUAGGGUGACAGAAAGCAAUCACUUCUUCAAUUCACGUCUUUCACAUCAGUGGAUUUGAUCGGCCCGAAUUUUAUCCACAAUAUCGUGUUAGAUUGACACUUUACUUACGGUAUUUGAAUAAACUCAGAAAUUCAUUAUAAGAAACUGACACCCAUGAAUUAAGGGACACUUUCAGACGAUGAAUAUAAUCAAGUUAUGGCAUAAGUAUGCCAUUGCAUUUACGAGAACGAUAUUUAGGUCAUAAUUCUAUGUGCGUAACUUGUUUUCUCUGUUUUUAAAUUGAGGUUUUUAAAUCGAGGUAACCUCAGUUUUUUUACGGAGGUUAAGAAAACAGGAAUACAGUAUACAAGUGUCUUUAGUAUUAAACAAUGCACUUUUACAUUGUCACAAGCAAACCUUAAUGGAUACAAGUUUUAAUGAUUACUUAAUGAAAAUACAUUUUUAUGAAAUUAUUUAUAUAUUGAGUUCAUAAAUAUAAUAAAAUAAACCUGUGGUCUACUUGAUUUUGUUAUUGAUUUUAUUAUAAAAUAAUCUUAAAAACAAACUAUCGAAAAUUAGCACAGACAAUGCUGAAUCAAAGUACAGUAUAAUAUUUAUAGCCGAUUCUAAUUAUUUUCUUCACACAUUAUAUAGACCUGUUGGUACACAUUCUAUAGCAUAGCGCCCUCUAUUUGGUCUUUUAUUAUUACGGCAUUAUACAUUUUAACAUUCUGCUAAAAAAUUCGGUGGUCAUUGACGUAAAUUGAUUAGGCCCUAUGUUUAUUUUAUUCCUUCCAGUAGUAACACAAGAGAACGAAAACAAGGACGAAGAGAGAGGGAGGAUGAGAUUCGGAAAAAGUUCUACAAAAACCACCAUCACUGGAAAGGCCUUAAACAUUAAACAUUAAUAAUAAAAAUAGCUACAAAAAUAUAAGAUAAUUAUUUUAAACAUUCAAAUACAAAGCAAUCAAUCAGACAAUUGACACUUUAGCAAAUGCGACAGUAGGACUGUUAUGUUAAAUAGUAUUAUUUAGGCCUAUAUUAAUAUGUAGAUGCUGAUGUCUAUAGAGAUUUUUCAUUAUUUUACUGAAUAAUAUUUAAUGCCAUAUUAUCGCCCAUUUCAAAAGUGUCCAUUAUCCUACUCCUUGCAACUUAAGGUCACUACCCACCUUAAUCAUGCGACGUGCCUGAAUGGAAAAUCCAUUCUGUUGGUUGCUGAUCAUUCUCCAAGUCUUCAAUAUCGAAUUUACUUCAAGAGAAGUAUUAAAUGGCAGCCAAAUUUAAAUAUUUUCAACAUAAAAACAUAUAUCUCCUCAACCGCAUAUUCUCAGAGCACUACUGACCAUAAUCUUGUAAACUUGAUAUUUGUAAUUCAAUAUUUAAAAAUACUGUAGUAAAGCCCCAUUUACACAAUGCAGAUGCGUGCAGUGUUUUGAAGAAUACAAACUAUGCGAUGUCGUCGUGUCGUAAUCGUGUAUAGUGUAAAUGGGGCUUUAGUUAACUGAAAACUGGAUUAAUUUCACCCUCACCUCUUUGCAUAUGGUAUUCUUUGUUGUAUUCUUUGUUUUAUUUGGAGUUAGUAUCAUAUUUAAUUUAGUGUUUUAGUUAGUAAUAUUUAAGUUCUUGCCAAUUUUAACAUGGUGGUAUACUGUAUUGUAAAUUAAUUUAUUGAUAUAAUUUCUGUAGGCCUAAUUGAGUUAGAUUCUUGUUUGAACAUUCAGAAUGCACAACAUAGCAUUUUGGUUUCAAGGGCAUGCUGCUUCUUUUUAUACACUUUACUUGUAAACAUUGAAAAAAUAUUAAUGAAGAAAACAAUUACAAUUAAAAUUAUAUUGUUGAAACUGUCUUUAAUAUAAAUCAACAAGUGUUACAUAAUGACAACAACAUAUGUCAAAUUUGCCAAAAAAAAAUCAAAACAUGGUAUAUUGCAAAACAAUGUAGGAUGCCGCCAAACUUCAUUUCAAAAUGAUUUGCAGCAAGUUUGAUUAUGCAGAGUACAGGGCACAAUAAACUUUGCAUAGCAUGCCUAGCAAGGAGCAUACAUUCCUGCAACAUGGAUAUAAAAAAUAGGUUCCACUCUGACUAUGGUCAUGAAAUGAAACUUUGCAUUUUAUUUAGAUCUGUAAAUAAAUUACUUAACAUAACAACUGCUUCAUAAACACAAGUAAUGCUAACGAUAUAUACAAUUUAAAAAUUUUAAAUUAAUUUUAACUAAUUAAUUAAUUUUAAUUUUAAAAUUUAUUUAAUUUUUUUUAAAUUAAAAAUUUUAUAGUGGGCAAAUCAUAGGUGGAUCCAGGAAUUCAAACAAGAGGGAGCAAGGGGAAGGAAUUUCACAGAUCAAGAGUCCAGACCACUUUAGCCCACCAUGGUUAGAACUGAUGUACUAGAUAGCCAGAAAUGGCACUCUCAGACUUACAUUUGAAUGUAAUUUUUUUUUUCCCCCAUUUAAAAAAAAAAUCAACAUUUUACCCAAAUACCCAGACCGGCUAGGCCCUUCAUGAAUCCCCCUUUGCCUAAGAGUAAUAAUCCAACAAACCUCAAAGAAUGUGAUCUCACUAUGAAUUUAUUCUCUUGUAAUACCAAUCUCACUACAAUCAGCCACAGCAUAAAUUGGAUGUGCAUAAUGCACAAUGUAACUAUGACUGAAACAUACAAUAUUUUCGCUCAAACUUCAUAAUCAUAUAAUAAACAGAACAUAAACAUUAAAGUGAUGGAAUGGGCAGUGUACUGGCAUAGCUUCCUAUUAAUUACUAUUUUUUUUUGUGGGGGGGGGGGGGAAUGGCAAAUUUGUUUAAAGAAACAU